AUGACUUGGAUAUGUGAUGAAUGCCAACAUGGUCGACACACACGUUGUGAAAGUACAUGGAGCUGUGAUUGUCAAUGUAAUGUUGGAGGUGAUGCUGAUGCUGCACAAAAAGGUUUAGCCAUUACUGGAGGAUUAGCAGUAGCUAUUGGCGGUUUAUUUUUUGCUAUAUUCACCGGUGGUGUAGGUCCAAUUCUUCUUGGUGGUGCAAUGUUGGGUGGUGGCGUUAGUUCCACAUGGAAUGGCGCUGAAAAAGCAAUCAAAGGUGAACGAAUCAAUGGUAAAACAUUUGCUCUUGAUGUUGCCUUUGGUGCCGUAACGGGUGUGGCAACUGGUGGCAUUGGUGUUGCAGGUGAAGUCAUAGCUACUAAUGUUGUUAAACAAGGUGUUAAAGAAGUUGCAAAAGUAGGUGUAAAAAAAUUAGCUGUACGAGCUGCUACUGGUGCUGUGACUGGAGUAGCAGCAAAGGCUAUUGAUGAAGUUAAACAAUGUUCAACAACUGAUAAAAAAUGGAACGAAGAUGGAACAGUAGUGUCAUGGGUUACAAGUGCAGCUGUUGGUGCAUUAGGUGGAGUCGGCAGUCAUGUUAGUUCGAAUUUAUCAAAAUCAGUUACAUCUGGUAUUGCUAAAAGUGCUACACGUGUUGCUGUGAGUGGAACAACAGCAGCCGUCAGUGAUGCAACCGUACAAGGUGUUAAUAUAGCUGUUGGAAGCCAAGAUAGCUAUGAUGUUAAACGUACAUUUACAAGUACUACAACAAGUGCAAUUAUGACAGUAGCUCAAGAAGGAACAAAGAAGGCUAUCUAUCAUGCCAAUGGUGGAAGAGAUAAUAUGUUACAUGUUAAAUCGAACAAAAAAGUUAUUGAAGACAAGGUACCAGAAAAAAAUCAACAAGAACUUAUGGAACGAUAUGAAAAUUUGAAGAAAAUACAACAAUCAAUAGUAAUAGCUCAAAAACAGAAAGCUAAUACUUAUACUACUGAACAACAACAAAAAGCUAAUCAUCAAGCAACUAUUGGCCAAUACGAUAAAGAUAUAACAAAAGCAAAUACCUCAAAGACGGCCGCAUGGCAGAGUAAAAAUACAGCAGAUUUCGACAAAUAUAAGCAAGAAGCGGACCAAUUAAUAAGUCAAAAAAAAGCAGAAAUUAAAAAAUUUCAAGCUAAGUUUAACCCAACAGUUUCCAAAAAAGAUAUCCUUAAAAUGAAUAAGGAUAAUGCACAUUUUCUUGUCGAUGACAGAUUUGGACAAGUAAGCGUUGAUAUUCCAUCAACUGCUGGGACAUCCCGAGGUGCGAUUAGAGCAACAUUCGAUUAUGAUACUAAUCGUCAAGGAGAUCCACAAUAUAAAUUUUCUGGCUAUACAGAUGCACACGAUUAUAAUAAUAUGCCUCGUUAUGGCCAAAGUGAUUAUUAUACAAUUCAUCAAAAUUAUGAUAACAACUUGAAAGUUGUCAAUGGAGAAGUGAAUAAUUACAUGUGCAAUCAUGCAUUACAACAUGACAUCGACAAGGAAAAACAGAAGAAGAAACGAAAUUAA